UCAUCUUGCAUUUCUUUCAGGGGUUCAAUUUUUUUCUCCCCAAGACUCGAUGAGGAGAACUCUUCCUCGUAGCGGGCAAGGUGCUCGACGGAAUGUCUGUGUGGAGAGUCAAGUCCCGUCCGCGCCAAGGACAAGCGUGUGCUCCUUUGAAUCCACAGCUGUUCUCACAGAAAAAGAAUUAUCCCGUCUCGAUUUCGGAAUCGGAUUCGGUAGAAAGGGAACAGAUUCCGCACGGAAUGAUUGGAGCGAUCAGUUGACGACGCUUCCGUCUUCCGUAGGUACGUCUGUUGCGGUUUUCCCGCGUUCCCCUAUCACGUGGAACGAACGUAACCGUCAUCUUCUACAUCUUCACCUCUCUCUCUCUCUCUCUCUCUCUCUCUCUCUCUACUGCAAUCGGUUUCUGUUGCUGUUUCACCAGGAGAGUGGAGAAAACCCUCAAGAAAGUUUCUUCAUUUAGAAAACCUAGAAAACUGAGAGAACUCAAGAACAAGAAUCGUUCGACUACAACAUGAACGCUUCACUGCAAGAGGAAUACGAACGAGCAGAAUCUCUCUUCGAAAAUGGAUUUGAAGUUGAGGCCUUGGCGUUAGCUGACGAUUUGAUUUUACCCCUACUAGGGAAGGCAAACCUUGGUAUGCUUUUUUUCCUGGUAGGUAGAAUCUUCUUCAAUAUAGCUGUCGAUUCCAAGCAACGUGAUUUCAAGUGUGCCUACUUGAUCGCUGCCAUUGAGUCCUUCGGCUCGGCCAACUCUUACGUUUUACCGGAUGCUUUGGCAGUAGCUCAAUGCCAUGUACGUUCACUGCUUCAUUUGGGUGAUCAUCUUUCGUCGAAAAAGUAUUACGGUAAAGCUGUGUCGGCAGCAAAAAGGAAUUUAUCUGCACAGAACCAAAUCAGUUCGGGAAACCAAGAACGUAUCAAAGCUCAAAGAAAAGUACUGGAGGAUUUUAUUGAUUAUGCACGGUCAAGGAUGGAUUCUGCUGCUGCAGGGACUCUAGGAGGUGAUUUGGGUGAUCAGCUUGAAGAAAGUGAGCCAAAACCUUGGGUAAACUGGGAGAUGGAAGAAGAACUGGAGACAAGAAACAAGGCCUUGGCCGAUACAGUGAGGCCCUAUUGGGUGGGUUUAAGCGCUGAAAGAAAAAAGGCGGUAAUGAAAAUGAACAUCAAGGAGUUUAAGAGCUUUGUCGAGGAGUUAUACGGCAGAGAGGGAAGAGAGGCUCUGGAGAGAGGCCUUAAAUUUGCUCAGGAAAGUAGAAGAUGGAAGCUCUGGAUCUGUCGAUUGUGUUCAAAUGAAUUCCUUCGACCUGCAGAACUCAAGAAGCACCUUGAGCAAUAUCAUGUGUUAAGAUUUCGACUCUCUCCAAAUUAUGUUGUGCCCCAGAAACUUGUGGCUGUGAAAGUAGAUAAAGUUUGGGCUGGUAAGGUAACCGUUGGAGAAUGGAAACCGGUGGAUACAGUGGCUGCUGUAAGAAUGAUCAGUGAUAACCUCGCAGAUGUGAAAGAGUUUGCUUACAGAGAUGGAUGGUCUAAAGAUUGGCCGUCAGUUGAUGAUGAAGUUCGUAGGAAUCUACUCGAGGGAAUUCAGAAGAUCCUUCAGUUGCUCGUUGAUCUUAAGAUUCUCUCUAGUAGUGUUCGAGAGUGGUUAGUGAACUUUGUAGCUAAACAUUUAAGAGUUUCCCUAAGUUUUCUUGAAGAAUGUGGCUUGGACAGUACACCUCAGUGCCUCUGUUUCUUAGGAUUGCAUGAACUUGAUGAAGUAUUCCGCUAUUUAGGAUGCUUCCGCUUAAAACCUGUUGAUGGUACAGAUCUAAUCUCCCAGGCAAUAAAUCAUGCCAAAGAACUGGAUGACCUCUGGGGUCGCUCUCGGGUUAAAGAAAGAAUCAACUUUGAUGAUAAAUUUUCAUGCCUGCUUCUGGAUAAAAGACUACUGACAGGAAAGAUCAAAACUUUCGAUGAUGAAGGGACAGUAGGUGUUGUCGAUUCGAGUACUGAUCCUUACACAGGUGUAUCACCUCAGGGAGAUGAGAUUGUACACUGGUUAUGUGACUGCCCUCUGCAGGAUCACUGUUACGACUUCCGCCAACCGAUAAGGAAAUACAAUCUUCAAAUCCGGUCAGCUAUUGGCAGAGCCAUUUACUCCCAGCAUAGGACCUUGGCAAAAAAGCAUCAGAAGAAAUCUCAGCUCCAGCUAUAUGAAGCAACGCUAAGAAUGGCCGAGAAGUUAUGCGUGGACGAAGAUGAAAGGAGAGAUAAUAUUCCGGAGAAUCAAUGGAAAUCUUAUGCGUCAAUUCUUUGCGAUAAAUGCAGAGAAAUCGGAUAUGGUCGAAUUUCUGCUGGUCAGGCAUGUUUUCUGUCUGUAGUAGUAGAUAUUCUUGAACAAUCAAGCCGACCAACAUUAAGAUUCAUAAUAGCUGACAUGAUAAAUCGAAUCUCCAAGCAUCCUAAUGUGGAGGACCGAGUUGUGUUGAUGUCCAUAUCUAUGUUGCAGAAAGUAGUCCUUGAAGAGAUUCCUUUGGGGGAUUCAAAGAUUUUGCUGGUCAUUGUUUCAAUGAAGAAAUUGCUAGAUGGCCUCAUCGAACUCUCUGCUUUUGACUACCGCUUCGACAUCAUUCCCCUCAUGAAGUUUUUUUUGCAUAAAACGUUAAAGGAAACCAUAUCAGCUGAAGCGGCUGCCAAUCUUUUAAAAGAGAUAGAUGAAGAGAAUAAGCAGGCUUUGUUGCAAGAGAGGAAAACAAAGAAUAACAAACUUUCCCGAAAGGAAGAAGUGGAUAAGAAGGGAACUUCUACCCAAAUUUCUAGUCCAAUGGAUCAGAUUGUGGAACCAGAAGCUUCUGUUAUACCUGAACCCGACACUGCAUCUACUUUGGUAAAAAUGGAGAAAGACAAACAUGCUGAGCAUGCAAGCCUUGAAGAUAAGCUGUCAAGUGAACGUGAGCCAUUCAGAGUUUCAGAGAAUCGAAAGGAAACAGAACUUCGUGAUGAGUCGUCCGAGAAUAGAGGAAUACACCUAAAAAGUGAUUUCCGGACAAAGGAUGAAGAGUUAUCUACUCAACUUGUGUCUGCACCAUUGGAAAACGCUAUGAGAUAUGAUUUGUUUCUCGACAUUAUGCUGAAGGCCCUCUGGCACAUUAAGGCUUUUAGAGAGGAAACUCAGCGAUGUCGACAACCAGUUCACAACCAUAACCAUCAAGAGAAACGACACGUUCUCUGUGCGCUGCAAAACCUGUUUUCUUCCUUUGUCACAGAACAGAUGAAUGACAAGAACUUACAUCGUUUCCUCUUGAAUGAGUUAAUUGUCGCCCUAGAAGAUUCUCAAUCUAUGGAAACUGAUGCUGCCGAGCUACUGAUGUCUGUACUCGAGUUCCUGCACUACUGGAAAAGCCCCUCGCAUGGAGAAAGCCUCGCUACUUUCCUUUUUACACAAGAGGAAUUUGAAAGGAUGAGUUGCAACCGAUGCAGAAGGGAGACGAAUUAUAAAAAACAACGUUCUUAUGGGCUUAAGAUAUGUGCUGAGUCAAUCAGGGAGUUCAAGUCUGCAUUUGGGUAUAUGAAGUUUGAGGAUAUCCUCAAGGCCAUCCGGAUGAACUUCCAGAUGUACUGUGACACGAAAACGGGAGGAUGUGGAAAACGAAACUAUGUUUGUCAUGAUAUAACAAAAUGUCCAGCAAUCUUUAUAAUUGAGCUAAAAUGGGAGAAGAUUGAGGCUGGAGAAGAGAUAUCUGAAAUGGCAAAGGCGUUGGAUACAGAAAUAGAUAUCAGCAUGCUGUACAAAGGCGUAAACCUCAUGACUAAUUACCGGCUUGUAUCAAUGAUUGGGUGUAAGGGCGAGGAAGAAUACAGUUGCAUAGCAUAUGAAAAUAACAGAUGGGGAGUGACCCAUGAUCCUUUAGUAAAAGAGGAAAUUGGUGACUGGAACAGUGUGGUGAGGUUUUGCACAGAAAGGGAGGUUCGACCACAGAUUCUGUUUUUUGAAGCUACAUGGCUGCCUAAGAAGCCAUAGAGACUAAAAAGUUUCACAUAUAAAUACCGGUUUUAUCGUCAAUCCAUACAACCUCGGUCAGAUCAAGUCUGGUAGCAUAUAUAGAUGGAAGUGAUUUCGAGGUUGUAAUCAUCUGUGCUUGCAACAAUAUUAUUGGUAGAGAGGCUCAUGAUCAUGAAACUUUCCAGUUGCUUCA